GACGCGCAGGGGCAGCACCCGGCCCCUGUGGGAAGUGGACAAGGGUUUUUGCACCAACCUGGGCGGGUGCAAUGUAAGAAGCGAGUCCGGGAAGUAAGAUUGAGGUAUGCAAGUUGGAAUGUAGGAACGAUGACUGGAAGAGCCAGAGAGUUAGCGGAUGUAUUAAAGAGAAGACGAAUAAAUGUGGCAUGUUUGCAAGAGACUAAAUGGAAGGGCACGAAAGCUAGAGAAAUUGGGGAAGGAUACAAGUUUUAUUAUUGUGGAAGUGAUGGGAAAAGGAAUGGGGUAGGCAUUGUGUUAGAUAAGAACUUGAAAGAAAGUGUGAUAGAUGUAAAGAGAGUGAAUGAUAGAAUAAUAGUUGUUAAAAUAAUGUAUGAAAGUUUGAUAAUAAAUGUUAUAAGUGUGUAUGCUCCUCAAGUCGGUUGUGAUGACAGGGUGAAAGAACAAUUUUGGACGGAUUUCGAUGCAGUAAUGAUGAAUGUGCCGACGAAUGAACAGGUAUUUGUGGGAGGAGACUUUAAUGGCCAUGUUGGCAGAAUGAGAGGGAAUUAUGAAAGAGUGCAUGGAGGGUGGGGGUUCGGUUGCCAGAACGACGAGGGUGAAGCCCUGCUACAGGCUGCUACUGCGUUUGACCUAGCAGUGGUAAAUACGUGGUUUCAAAAGAACACCGAACAUCUAAUCACCUAUAAAAGCGGUCACCACGUGACACAAAUAGAUUACUUUUUGGUCAGACGCAGUAGUUUAAAGAACAUCAAAGACUGCAAGGUGAUACCAGGCGAAGCUGUAGUCUCGCAGCACCGACCCCUAAUUAUGGAUGUGAUUUUAACUUCCCGGCCAAAAGCCAAAGAGAGACGGCCCCCCAAAAUCAAAUGGCAUCUGUUGGGGAAGGCUGAGUUGGCCCGGGAAUUUAGAAAAGUAGUGGUUGAUAAGAUGAUUGAAAUGGGAGAAAUGAAUGAAAAGAAUGUGAAUGAAUGCUGGAGUGGAAUGGCGACGUGUAUAAGGAAAGCGGCAAGAAGCAUUCUAGGAGAAUCAAAAGGGAAUGGAGUGAUAGAGAAUCUUUUAAAAUCCGGAUCUAGUCUCCUCACUGCAACCUCCAGCUUAGAGAGGUCUAGUAUGAGUUCCCUCAUGUUCUUAUUAGGCCCACAGGGGCCCUGGUGGGAUGUCAUCUGCUAG